GUUCCCGAGCAGCUAGCUCAUCCUUUACCUCCUCAGAUAAUCCGUGCAGAAAAGUAUUGAAAAGAGACUCCGGAUUCCAGGCACUCUCGGCAGCCAACGUGCAAAAGUCCACCGCGUAGUCUGCCACACUAGGGGAGUUUUGACAUAAAUCAAGCAGUUUGCUGGCCGCCUUUCUCCCGGAUACCGGAGACUCAAAAACUUUUCUGACCUCUGCCAUGAAUUCCUCCAAAUGACUGCAAAUGGUAGAUUGUUGUUCCCAAACUGCCGUAGCCCAGGAGAGCAUCCUUCCCGACAUUAGCGUAAGGUAAAACUCCUUACGUAAGACAACUCCUGGAUGUCUCCUUACAUACCGUUGAUCGGUCUGAAGAAAACAAAGAUGGCUGUAGCUCAAAAAUAAGCGAGCACUGAGAGAAAAAAACCCGGCAGGUACCAGGAUUUCCCGAAUAUCGCUCUGGAGGAGGUCGGUCUCUGCUGACAACAGCACUAUGGGCCGGAUCUUCCUGGACCACAUCGGCGGGACCCGCCUCUUCUCCUGCGCCAACUGCGACACCAUCCUGACCAACCGCUCUGAGCUCAUCUCCACGCGCUUCACUGGCGCCACGGGCCGAGCCUUCCUCUUCAACAAGGUGGUGAACCUGCAGUACAGUGAGGUGCAGGACCGUGUGAUGCUGACGGGCAGACACAUGGUGCGAGACGUCAGCUGCAAGAACUGCAACAGCAAGCUGGGCUGGAUCUACGAGUUUGCCACAGAAGACAGUCAGCGCUACAAGGAAGGCCGCGUCAUCCUCGAAAGGGCGCUAGUAAGGGAGAGCGAGGGCUUCGAGGAGCAUGUGCCCUCUGAUAACUCCUGAGUCGCCCGUCCCUCCUUUCUGCCUUGUGCACCCAACGUCUCUCCCAAUCCCCAGUGUCCCCUACACUCCUCUCCUUAUAGGCAACUACCUGUGUAUCAGCUUCCCACCAGCAAGAAUUGUGUAAAGCUAGACAAGCCUGUAAUUAUGUCCGCCCCUCACAUAUAUUGUACACACAUUUGAGAAUGCACUCGCUCACAGGCUAUAGUGCUUGUGUAUAAUGUACAUGCAUUAGAUUCUGCACGAUACAUGUGUAGACAUUGGACUACAGCUGCCUGAAGAGUAGCGGUUGUGGUUGGGGGAGUAACUUAAUGACCCAACGUGGAGAGCAAGGGCGCAUGGACAGAUGCUAAUGCCUUUGUCAGUGUUACAGCUGUGUAUGUUAAAACAACCGCAGUUGCGUGCGAGAGUGCGCUGGGGGGGGGUUGGUCAAAAAUUGGACCGGGGGAUGAGUAAUGCAAGUAUGCUUGUGUUUAGGAUGAAAUAUUAUUUAAGUUUUAGUGAGAAUGGGUGUGGAAAUCAUCUUUCUGAAUAUUGUCAUUAAACCCAGUUUCCAUUUGCUUUUAUUAACAAAUAUUAGUUAGUUGAUAGUUUUAGUUUUGACUGUUUGAGCAUUAUAAAACUGAUGUCAACCCUCACUUUGAUCCCGAUGACAAAUGCAUGUGUGUACUAAAGCCUCAUGUCUGCCGAUGGAACGACAGCACGCCUAGACUAUAGAACCUGUUAUCAACCUCAAAUGCUGACAAUUGUGUAACAAUUAUCAAAAGACAACUUGACCAUUGUGUAAAUGUGACCAAAAAAAACCAUGAACCCGCCAUUGUUGACAAUAUUGUGGUUUUAAGUUCUGUGUUUUCAGUGCAGUGCUGUGUUUUCUUUUUGGGGUGCGUAGUCUUGCGAUGCCAUCCUUCCAAUCCUCGUUCAUCACUCAGCUAUUGGAACAAAAUGAAAUCGUGAGAAAGCCUGGGAAACUAAGUAGGGGUUGAGUUAAAGCUGUUUUUUUUCCUUUGUCAGGCCUCCGGUUGAUGGAUUAUAAUAAAGAAAUUGAUCGUAUGAAAUCAA